GAAAUACGAAUGAAAAGAAUGAAAAAUGGUCUUUGAUUAUCCAAUUAAUUUGGAAAUCCAUCAGGACAAGUUUUGCACACCUCUAGGAGGUAAUGUCAAAGACUUGCUGAACAGUGAAACAAAGAAACCAGGCCUGAGGGAUAACAGCAAGAUUAUUCAGAAAUUUCAACAGAGAGGAAAUGCCCAAGCUGAGCUGAAAGAUCUUAGCCAGAAGAUGAUGUUGGCAAAUAUCGAUAAUAGAGAAAGACUGCACAAUGUAUGGCAAACUGUAAAGGAAAAUCAAGAUCUCCGCAUUCGAAAUAAAAUCGAAGCUAGGGACCUCGAAUUCGAGCUGAGAGAUUUACGGAAAAUGAAAGGCAAGCUAGAGCUCCAUGAUCGAGAAAAAGAGCUUAAAGAAUUAGAAGCUAAACAGAAUUCCAUUAAGAACGCUAUUAAGCAAUAUCACGAAGAGGAAAAUUAUACUAUAAAGAACGAAAAUGAUGAUAUCAGAGAUCGGAUAGAAAAAUCAAAAAUCUUCAACACAAAAAGUCAAGAGAGGAUCAACAAAAUGAAAGACAUGGGAGAGCGCAAGGCAUCGUUACAACAUAAAAUGGCGAGUUUAAUGGAUAAGGGGGAAUCUAUCUUUUUAGAAACAAGUUUAGAAGAUACUAGGGAAAGAAUAAAUAAGCUCAUAAGAGAAAAGGAAAAGACUAUGAAUCAAUACAAAGCUAACCUAACUUCUGAUGAUCCGUUCAAUAUUAUCGAAGUUCAAGAUAAUCCGAAAUUUUAUGGUAUAUCUUACAUUUCCACUUACUUUGUUCUAAAUGUUUGAACCUCACCAUUUUUUUCUAAUGAAUAAAAUAG